UAAUACUAUCUCGGAGGGAAAGCCACCAUGUUUAUCAGCUUCUGAAAUCUGACAUGCACUACAACCCUCUUCCCAGGACUCAGGAGUCGCAUUUUUAAAAUUUAAAUUUAUGUAUGUGACUGGGGCGUUAGCUCACGCACUCUUUCAGUAUGGAGAGAAAGAAAAAGGUUGUUCCAAGUGUGAGUGAUAUUUUUGACCUCAGUAAAAAAAUGGAGCCCAUCACUAUAAGGUCCGGAGCCGUUAUGGGCCGCCAAGUGCCUGAUGAUGAUCUCUUCCUAAGACCUCACACUUCUAGAAGACCAGGGGGUCUCGAUUAUGUUCAUAAAUAUGUGGAAGAGGAAGAAAGACUGCUCUUGACGGGUCAUAAAACAGCUGUGCCCAGCUUGGUACAUAGAGAAUUGUGUGAAAUGGAGGAUAUGACCUCCAUUGGAUCAACACCUAAUCUAGCUGAUGUUGAUCAAGAUGACUUACAAGUGUUUGACCAAUUUAAUUUUACACCUGUUAAAUCAAAUUUACCUAUUGAAGAAUUAAGAAUGAGGAUCGUUCAGAUGGUUGAAACUAAUCAAGUUCUUGUUGUUGUGGGAGCUACUGGCUGUGGGAAAACAACCAAGUUACCUCAGUUCAUCCUUGAUCGACAUGCCCAGAUGCGGAAAAAAUGUAAUAUUAUUGUGACCCAACCUCGAAAGAUUGCUGCAAUUAGUGUAGCAAAUAGAGUUUGUGCGGAGAGAAACUGGACUCUUUCAACUAUAGUAGGGUACCAGGUGGGUCUUGAUAAUCAAACAUCACCAUCUACUCGUUUGACUUACUGUACCACCGGAGUGCUCAGGGAGAAGCUAGUGAGAGAAAGAAAUAUGAUGGCAUAUACUCAUGUUAUUAUAGAUGAAAUACAUGAAAGAGAUUUGGAUACCGAUUUUCUUAUGCUGAUUGUCCGCAAACUUCUACGGUCAAAUUCUAGAACUGUUAAGGUUAUUCUUAUGUCUGCAACCAUUGAACCCUCCCAUUUUGCCAAGUACUUUUCAUUACCUUUAGGUGAUAUCCUUGUACCAGCACCUGUCCUAGAAAUUCAGCAACACACUCCUUUCAAGGUUGAUGAAUACUUUAUAGAAAAACUUUCACCUCUUGGCAAUAUCCCUAGAUUUGAAGUUGAGGACCCAUUUAUACAUGAACAAACCUAUGACCUAGCUGUUAAAUUAAUAAUGCAUUUUGAUAAAAUGGAUAAAGAUGCAUUUGAAUUUGAGUACAAUAGAAAGCCCACUAUGCAGGAUAAUUACAAGAAGGAUGUGCUUGUCUUUUUGCCUGGUAUUCAUGAGAUUGAGAGCAUGCAUGAACUACUGGAUAAGAAGAAAACAGAGCAUGGCUAUUUGUGGCAUCUCCUACCGCUUCACUCUACUAUUACCAGAGUGCAACAAAGUAAAGUUUUCAUUGCAGCUGCUGAAGGAUACAGAAAAAUCAUUCUAUCAACUAAUAUUGCAGAGAGCUCAAUUACCGUUGUAGAUAUUGUAUAUGUAAUUGAUUUUUGCCUCACAAAACAUUUGGUCUGUGAUCCCCUUACAAAUUUUACUAGCUUAAAAUUGUCUUGGGCGGCACAUUCAAAUUGUAAACAGCGUGCAGGUCGAACUGGGCGAACGAAUCCUGGCAGAGUUUACCGAAUGGUCCCAGAAUCUUUCUAUGAGACCGUCUUGAUUUAUGAAGCUCCUCCUGAGAUGACUCGCUGUCCUCUUACUACAACAGUAUUGAAAGCUAAACAGUUGAAAAUGGGAGGUCCGGAGGCGAUAUUGGCUUAUGCCUUGGAUCCACCUGACUUGGGUCGUUUGGAAUCUACAAUUCUCAUAUUAAAAGAGGCAGGUGCUUUACUUAUGACUAGUGAAGGGAAUCCUUCAAAAUACGAUGGGGAUCUCACAUUUUUGGGAACUGUAAUGUCCAAUUUGCCCCUUGACAUCCAUCUUUCAAAAAUGAUAGUACUUGGGAAUGUAUUCUCAAUCCUGGAUGACUGUAUUGUUAUGGCUGCUUGGAUGACAGUGCGUAAUGUGUUCUGUAAUGAUUUUCAUGAUCGCCUUGGACCAUAUGCAUCAAAAAUUUCAUUCAGUGGAGGCUCUAAUAGUGAUUGCAUAGUUUACCUCCACGUUUUUCGAACUUUUACUGAACUUGAGCGGACAAACUAUUUCAAAACAUCAAAUGAUAGUGCUAAAGCUUGGUGCAAGAGAAAUUUCUUGAACUUAAAGGCUAUGCAAGAAGCGAAAGAGUUAGUGGAGGAGCUUAGGAAAAGACUGAGAAACCUUGGUGUAUAUGAUGUUGCUGCUGAAGGAAGACCCAAUUGGGAUUCCUCACUGUUACCUCUUGUAAGAAAGGUAGUAAUAGCUGGUGCAUUAUACCCUAAUUAUUUCAUCAGAGGUGCUCUUGGUGGGCAGGUAGACGAAUCUAAAGCUGUCAAAACAUUGUCAGGGAAAGACCCUUUUACUACUGUGUAUGUUCAGGGUUUAAGUCCAGAGCAGCCAGGCGAAUUAUAUGCCAAAGUUUUUAAAGACAUAUUUGAAACAUAUGCAGGGGUGGUCUCUAAUGUUUCCUUUGAUGGUUCAAGCAAAGUUUACAUUGAGUUCAAACGGGAGAAUAUUAAAGAUCUACCUGGCAGAAUCUCCUAUCCAGUUUAUAGAUCUGUUAAAAUGCGACAGUUGAGAAUUCCUAUUGAAAUUCCUAUUCUCAAUCCCACAGAAGCUAAGGAGCGUGCAGAAAAGUUUGGCAUUGAUUCUUCUGAACGACAUUUGUCUUUAGGAAAGCUUGAAGAAAACCCUCUUUCCAACUUACCUGCUGAAAUUGAAUUUAUCCCAUCAUUUAUUUUUGAUCCAAACAAGUUUUGGAUUCACACAAAGACUGUGAAAAAUUUAAACAUCUAUCAAAGACAACUAAAUACUCCUGGAAAUACAUUCUCCCUCUCUCACAUGCCAAAAAUUGGUGAUAUAUAUGCUGCUCCUUAUCCUCAAAAUUCUGGAACACUUUAUCGUGCCCAAUUGAGUUAUAUCAACAAAGAUAAUCGUGCCUAUGCCACAGUUCUCUUCAUUGAUUAUGGCAAUGUUGAUGAUUCCAUGCCUGUUAAAUACUUGUGUGAAAUUGGGCCUGAAAUUGAGAACCUAAAGUCCCUGAUUCAGGUCCCUCCCCUGGCUAUGGAGUGUUCUCUGAUGGGCAUUGGUCCAUCUCCUCUUACAAACAAAAAUGGUGUUUGGUCCAAGCAAGCAGUCACCAGAUUCCAUAACCUGAUGAAUGGGAAAAUGAAAGGAUAUGUAUUUUCAGUUGUUGAUGGUGUUGUGUCUUUGACUGUGAAGCCCUUGGGAAAAGAUUUGAGUAUUAAUGAUUUGUUAAUAGAAGAAAACAUAGCUAUAAAAAUUGAUGAGAGCUACCGCUCUAAGCUGAGUAAUUCCUUGAGGAUGUCAAGCCAAACCAGCCGUAAUAUGUUGCAAUUGACUAAAGAAAACCCAAAAGAAGAACCUUGCCGGCAGAUUAUAGUCUCUGACAGCAAUCUGCGAAGAGUUGAAAACUAUGUGCAGCCACCAUCCAGGAAUGAAUGUAGAAGUGUGUUAAGAUUGAAAGGGCCUUCUAGUCCUUUAGAAAUGAAUGUUUAUGGUUCUACUAGAGUCUCAAGUGGCAAGGAAAUUAGUAUGGAACUUGACUCUGUCAACUCUGUUCUCUUAGAUUCAAAUCCAGAAGAUCCUCAUGAAAGACUGCUAGUUGCAGGAUUUGUAGCAAGUAAUGCUUCUGGCACUAGAUUAAAGCUUGGACAUACAACACUUAUGCCAAAUAUUCCUGGGUUAUCUGCCUUAAUGUGUCUGUUGUUUGCUCCAUCAGUGGAGUUGAGGCAAAGUAGGGAUAGAAGAAGAUAUACUGGUGCCUUGUGUGGCCUUGGUUAUGAUGAACAGCACAAGGAAGCUCUUUUCCCUGAAAAUGACAUGGAAAUUAUUUUUGAUAGUGUAAUAACUCUGGAUGAUAUGCAACUUGUGAAUAAAAUAAGGUAUUGGAUGUCCCAGCCAUUGCUAACUGUACCUGGUGAUGAUAUGUGUGAUGCCACACCAGCUCAAGUCCUGAAGAGUCAGAUUAAAGUUCAUGAACACAUUACCUCGCUUCUGAAUAGUUUUCGCCAUUCUCAAGAAGUUGAACCCUUCUCAGCUUCCUAUCAAUGGCAUCGGUUCAAGGAAGAUGAUUUACUGGUCCCAGACGUCAUUGAGGAAAGAUCACCUUUCAGACCUCAUUGUGGACUCUUGCUCUCUGAAUGACCAUAUUGUUCUAAAAAAACAUCUUUUACUAUAGACUUCAGUGAUUUCAAUCAAUUCAUUAAUCAAUUAUUUUGUUUUUCAAACCUAUUGGUACAUAUCUGAGUAUAGUACCUAUUUUGUAUAGCAUUAUUUAAUGUUGAUAGGUAGCAUCUGAUUGCUGCAAAUUUAUUUUGUGUUACUGUAAACCAGUAAACGUAAUUUUAAUUAAACUUUCUUACAUGUAAA